AUGGUAUCCAUAAAUAAAGCAACUAUAAUCGCAAAAGAAAUUGACACUGCUCGCUGUAAAGGAAAUUGGCAAGCAAUUCCUGAAUUAGCAAGACGUUAUAAAAAGCAUAACCCAAAUGACAAUGUACUCGAGCAAUCCAUUUUAGCUGAAGCUAAUUUAAACAACAUCAUUCAAACCAGUCGUGGUGAAUCUAAAGGAGAAUUUGCUCAGGACUCGCCUAAUUCUAUUAGUUUAGCAACACGUGUUGACUCUAAAUUAUUGAAACCAGUUCAGCAACAACUCGCUGCUGCCAUAAGUGAUAAAAACUCAAGCUCAGAAGUCCAAUUAUAUAAGCAGAUGGCCAAAGUCAUUCUUGCUCGAUCUUAUUUUGAAAGCGGCGACUAUCAAAGAGCAAUCGAAAUAAUCUAUGAAACAGCAUUUAAAAAGUCAGAAAUAGCUGCAGGAUAUAGUUUUGUAAUAUAUUUGCAAUUUUUAUCGAUUAAGGGCAUGACUUUGGAUUUACUCGAAAAAAAAAAGGAUGCAAUUGAAGCUUAUGAGCAAUUGGCUUCUGUGGUAAAUGAAUCUUCAAGUUUAACUGAUCGUGUGGCCGUUGAUUGGGUAGAAGAAGGCCUUUACAGGGGAAUUCUUCUUGCAUUAAGCGAUAGUUAUGAAACAAUGAAUACAGCUCAGACAAUGAAUUUGAUUAGAAUCUAUCAAAAGACUUGCUUAUCACAACCAAAUACAUGGCGUACUUAUAAACGUAUCGUCAUUGUCAAGUAUUCUCUUAAAUAUAUUUCCACUUUGUAUCGUCAAGGUCAAUAUCAACCUCCUAUUGAAUUUACAGAAACAGAGGAAGGGAAACAAACAAAAGGAGACGAAUUUGAUGAUGCAAAGAGAAUAUUUGAUCAUCAGUCAUUUAGUAUUGAAAUUAUGCAGCUUCAUACUACAUAUGAAAAACUUGUUUAUGCAAUUGCUUAUUUUCCACGAUCAGGACAGCUCAAUUCACUUGUAUUAGAUUUUGUAAAUAGAUUAGCUGAGGAUUUAGAAAUUGUAGGAAGUUCAGAAAGUGAAAUAAGAGGAUUUAUAGAAGUAUUGAAUCGAGCAGCACUUAGAACAUUCAAUUCACCUUGUAUCAUGCGUCAUUUAUUUCAUAGUUUAUAUCAAUUAGGUGAUUAUGAAGAGGCACAACAUGCCCUUCAUACUUAUCUUUAUCUGGUUGGAUUGGAAUCGAAAGCUUUAAUAGAUAUGAAAUCUACAACAAAUGCAGUAGCUUCAGAUGCCUUUGGGUACUUGACACCUGUCCCUAUUACGGAUGAAAAAGAAGAAUUGGCAUUAGAAAAGGGUGCAAAAAAAUUAGAUGGACCUGAACGUAGUCAGGAAAAAGAAUCAAUCCAAGAUCAAAUUAACGUACUCUUAGCAGCUGUCAAAAUGUAUUCUCAAGAAUUAUUAAAAGGCCCUGAUGCAGUCCAUAUGGCCGAAUUGGCAGAGCAUGUCUAUUCUGCGGCAAAUCAUGAAGAAGAUACGGAAUUUAUCCAAUUAGGUGCUCAAAUCUAUUUAGCUUUAGGUGUAGCAUUUGGAUUUUUAGCAAAUCAAACUGUGGAAUCUGACUAUCGUCCUAAAUUCCAUGAGAAGGCACUAAAAUCAUUAAAAAAAUCAUUAGCUAUGGAUGACCAAAAUUGGAAAACUUAUUAUCAGACUGCCCUUCAGCUUGCAGAAAUGCGAGAUAUAUUCCAAGCUAUACAAAUGAUCACUCGUUCACUUAAUCUUAACGCAAAACAUGUACCUUCAUGGCACCUAUUAGCAUUACUAUGUUCUUGUCCAGUGAAAGGUGAUUUAAAACAAUCACUUAAAAUUAUCGAAGUUGCUUUAGCAGAAGCCUCUCCUGCAUCAGUUUAUAAGGAGGGUUGGGUUGAUUAUACCGAUGAGGUUGCAUACUAUCUUACGCUACAUAUGACACAAAUCUUGCUUAUUGAUCAUAUUAAUGGCCCUGAAGCAGCUAUAUCAGCACAGGAAGCUCUUUUUCAAAUCUUUGGUAAGAUUGUUGUACCCGAGUUAAUUCCAGAAUCAACAAGUUCCAGUAUGUUACAUGAAGCAAUUUCAAAUGGAAAUAAUCGAUAUGGUAUGGUAUUAUCAGGAUCUUUGGGUAAUAUGAGUAUGAAUGAAAUAAACAGUAAUGGUAAUGGAACUGCUUCAAACCAUCCUGAUGUAAAGAAUGGACGAGAUCGUAGUGCAAGUAACGCAAGUAACACAAGCAACAAUUCAGCCGUAAAAAUAAGGCAGUAUCAAAUUGGCAGCCGUGCACGAUCAUUUUCUUCUUUCACGGGUCGUAAACUCCAUUUGGCAGAGAUGUUUAGUUCAAAUCGUUUGGAUAGAUCAGAUAUUAAUAGUAUUAGUUCACUUCCAAAUUUAAGUCAUACAAAAAACCACGCAAGUAAAUUAGGCUUAUUAGAUCCCAAGAAUUUGAUACGUAAACAUAAAAAAGAACCAGUUGCUGAAGAAAGAAAUACAUUAGGUAUUACAGGCGGGAUAGAAAAAAAUGGUUCCUUAACUUCUAUUCUUAGUACAGCUCCUUCUAUAAUGAGUAAUCAUACAUUAUUGCAGUCUACAAUUGUCCUUACUCGACCUACACUUCAUGCAAGACUACAGCACCAACGUUCCUGUAAGAUGUUAUGCGAUCUAUGGCUACUUUCGGCGGAAACUUAUUUAAGAUUAGGUAAAUUAGACGAAGCCCUGAAAGCUGUUACAGAGGCAGAAAAUAUAGACUGGACAACACAUUCAGGUGUUUGGUGUCUAUUGGGACGUAUUUACUUGGCUAAAAAUAUGUCUGAUAAAGCUAUCAAAGCCUUCCAAAAGGGUCUAGUUACUAAGCCUAACGAUAUUGAUUGUCGUAUUUGGUUAGCAAAGACUUAUAUAGAAAUGGGACAUCUUGAAGUAGCAGAAAGUCUUUUACAAGCUGUAACUCAAGGAAAUGGCUGGGAUUGUCCUACAGCAUGGUUUUAUCUUAGUGAAAUUUAUAAGCAAACAGAUAGAUUAAGUAAGACAAAAGAUUGUCUGUUUUACGCUCUAGAAUUAGAAAAUACGUCUCCUAUUAGACCUUUUUCAAUUUUACCUCGAUUUAUUUAG